GAAAGCAUACCAUAUGUGAAGGUCGCUUUAUCACUUUGUGUUUGGAUAAUCAGCUGGAUUUGGCAACAAAUAUAACAAGGAGCUGGCAACCCUGUCGGAGGUCGUUUCCCUCUCUCCCCCGUCCGUUGAAAUGGGCACAGUCGUAGCCUUAGGCUGAAACGAGCAGAAGAGAACUCUCAAAACUUGUUCGUUGUGCUUUAGUUAACAAUGUCUUAGAGGGAUACUUUAUCUUUUCGCUAAAUGAUGAUAGUUUUCUUUCGUACCAGUGUUUAUUUCUUUCUUGUUUACUAAUCAGUGUGUUGAGGUGCUAUAGUGGAAUACGAUUCUUACCGCCGUUCAGUGUAGAUUCGCAGUGGGCCAAUCAAGCUUGGAUUUCGGAUCACAUGGCCUCAACAUGACAUAUUCAUCAUGGAGGCUUUGGCUAAAAUGCAGGCAAGAAUGUCAAAAGUUUGGAGGUGAACUAUUUAGAAAAUGCCAAGGAAGCCAAAAUCACAAGAUGGGAAUCCGUAUGAGAUCAUACGGGGCAUGUGGGAAGGUGCUUAUGUGUCUCAUUUCGUUCGAAUUUUCCAAAAGAAGUUUGGUUUUAAUUGCCUAACAACACAAGAUUUAGAAGAAGCUCUUGUGGAAGAAGAGAGUGUUGCACUUGCUGACAUCUUCGCUAGGCUCUUGCGGUAUAUUACCGGAAACGUUGAUAUUCUGAUCAGAAACUUUGAAUCUUUUUUACGAAUCAUAUUGAUUAGAGAAAAAGCUGAUGUUCCUCGAUUUUUAGACAAUGGCACUACAUGGCAGGAAUUAACUCCUGAAGAAAAGCUUGGAACUUUAAAGUGGCUAAUUGAUCAUGUUUGUCAAACAAAGGAAGAAGAUAUUGCUGAUUAUGUAGAUGAAAACUAUUCUGCUGAUGAUUUACGGGGCAUAUGUGCUGGUCAAGAUGCCUUUAAUAAUAUUUAUUGGUAUUUGGAUGAUUUGAGAUUGUAUCGAGAGUUCUCACAUAAAAGACAAAGCAAAAAAGACUGGGAGUGUGUGUGUUUGACUCUAUCUGAUUGGCAAUCUUUUAUCAAGCAAUUUCGAAAAACUUCAAAUCUUCAGGAGAAAGAACUAUAUUCUUACUUGAACUUUGAACUUUUCCCAAUUGUUGAGCUUGAACUUCUGUGCAAAAAAAAGCCAAAACAAAGUAAAGCAGAAAUAAAUGAAUUUCUCAUAAAUCGGGAACGUGAAGAUUUAGAUGUCAUGCUUGAAAAGAAAAAUUUUUUAGACUGUAGUAAUGGUGUUGAUAAUGUUGAAGUGAAUGGUACAGACAUUGAAAAACCCAAUGGUGAAAGUGUGCAAAUGCAAAUUUCUAGUUCAGAUGAAAAUGAUAUUGCAGACUAUUUAAAAAGUGAAGAAGAUAGUAAAAGAACUAACAUGAACCAUUGUGAUGAUAACUUAAAUAUAAAUGAAAGCAUAUGCUCCAUCGCCAAUAGUUUGGAAAACUCUGCAAUGGACAUCAAAACGGAAACAAAUAUGUGUGCUAUUUCAUGUUCAAACCCUUGUUCUACUUCUUGUAGUAACAAUCAAGACUCUUAUACAGUUGUAAAUAAUACAUCAUGUGGAAAUGGUUCUAACUGUAAUAACUCUACCACUGUUGUAACUACAUCUACUUUAUCUUCAUCAAGAGAUAAUGUCCAAGAUGUUAGCUUACAACAACCUCUCAGUGAUAUACCUAGUGAUAGUAGUUCUGUGACGAGUAAUAAAGAAAAUGCUCCGCCAACAUCUGUGAAUACUGGAAAUGAAAUCCCUCCUAUGUCAGCCAUAUCCAACAUGGUAGGCUCUACAACUACACCAGCAACCACAGCUUCCGUCCAACCAUUACCCAGCAAUAUGGUUAAUAAAACAUCAUUUCAAAUGGAAACUCAAUACAUGCAACAACAGAGUCAAAUUUUUGUGUUUUCAACUGCUCUAGCAAACAAAGCUGCUGAAUCAUAUUUAUCCGGACAAUUUCCAUCUAUGAUUGCUUUCCAUUGUGCCCAACCUGGAACCAAAUCUUUCCUUGAAAAAUAUCCUCUAAAAGUUCAGCAAUUCAAUCGUCAAAAUCCUGCUGCUUGGCUAAAUACACUUGCACAAAUGAAACAAUCGGGUCGCCAAAUAAAAAAUCCAAAUAAUCAGUUUCCUGGUCCACACACCAUAAACAAUCGUUUUCCCGGUCCAUCCAGUGGCUCAAUGUUAAAUCCCUGUUCAGGCUCUUGUAAUAUGCAUAUGCCUGGUAUGUGUUCUGUGCCUAGAGGUUCAUCACCUUGGUCGUCAAACUGCAGUAACACUAAUAUGAUUCCUUCCUUGCCAAAUGAAAUAUGUGGUCAACCGUGGCCAAAUCAACAAUUCAAUCCUGGCACAUCUCCCUCUUCUGUGAACCAUAGGUUUCCUGGGCCUUCUGCUCAAGGAAUGAAUGUGCGAUCUGUUGGCCCUUCAGGAAGUCCAUUGCUUGGAUGCAUGAGUAAUAUGAAUUCCAAUGUAACUCCUUUUCAAAACUCUGGUCUUAAUUCAAUGCCAUUGAAUCAAGGUUCAAUUGGGCCAACUACACUCACAGGGGUUAAAGUUCCUGAUGAAAAUUUAACACCUCAACAACGGCAGCACAGAGAAGAACAGCUUGCCAUGAUUCGAAAAAUGCAACAACUUCUAUUUCCAGAACAGCAGCAGAUGGAUCAAUGUCAAAGUGGAAUACCUCAUAAUAUUGGAUCUAUGAUGAGUGGUAUGCAACAUAAUUCUCAAGCAAGAUUUGGACCCGGUGAUAUGUGCGUCCACUCUGGUAUGGAUAUGUGCUUUAGCCCUCAUCAGCAGUGCAUAGGAGAACAUGAGCAUCAUCAUCCUGAUAUGUAUAUGGGAUCCCCUAUGAUGGGGCCAGGCUUUCCGCAGCAAAAUUUUCCUGGUGGCUCUGCAUCUGCUCAGUUAGAGUGGCAAAAAUUGCAACAUCAGUUUUACGAAGAAAGGCGGAAAAAACAAGGAUGUAAUAAUGCACCUUUAACAAAUUCACCUGUUGGUUCACAACCUCAACAAAGUGCAAUGCAACCAGUGCAACCAACUCAAUCCCAACAGUCUAUGUCACAGCCUCCAACUCCACAGCAACAAAACUUAAAUAGUCCUAGUCCAAGUUUGGGGCUUAGUCCUGGCACUAGAAUGCAAGGCCCACCCCCUCCUUAUCAUCAAACAAAUCGAAGAACUAUGCCAAGUCCCCAUCCUGCUUCUCCCACUCCUAGUUCAUUAUCAUUACCAUCACCCCGCAUGGCAUCAGGUUUACCUUCUCCAGCUGAUUCAUCUAGACAAUUUCCUCUUCCAACUCCCCCAGGACCAAGAUUACCUCACCCUAGUCCUGGGUCAACUACUCCAGUAGGAAGCAAUAGCUUACAUACUACCCCUCUGAACUCACCUAAACCGAUAAGCUCAUCUGGUCCUGGUUCUAAUAAUGCAACUCUCACUAGAACUCCAACCACACCUUCUAAUACUGUUCCAACUCCAGCUAGUACACCAACUAGUUCAUGUGCUCCUGCACUGCCAAGUUCAGAACCAAGUACUCCUGUUGGAUCAUGUGGUUCCAAUCUCAAACAAAGUCAAUCUUGUAAUAGUGAUAUUCAGGAUUCUAAUUCAGUUGGAUCAACUACCAAUAUGAAUUCUGAUUUUACAUCAAACACUUGUCCUAUUUCAACUAAUUCAGGUGAACUGUUUUGUCAUAAUACACAGUCUUGUAGUCAGCCCUCCCAGAAACAUGAUAAUUGCUCUGGUAAUCUUUGUCAGAAAGAGCCCAGCUUAAUGCCUGUUCCUUCACCUCAACAAAUUCAAUACCUAAAUGCUUUUGAUGGGCAAGAACUAACAAUUCAGAAACAGCCUAAUACAAGCAUAAGAGAAUUGGACAUAAUGUCUCCUGCUAGUAUUCCUCCUUCUAUGGUGAUGAGUACUGGCUCCCAUUCCCAAUUCCAAAGUCCAGAUGCUGCCUCUUUUCCUAACACUCCUGGAAGUUGUCCUUCAGUUUUAGAAAAUAGUCAGGACAGUAUGACAGCUCGGUUUCCUGUCUCUGCACCUGCAAGCAUAGAAAGUAAUAUCACUCGUUUUACUGCUCCAAGUCCUCAGAUGCCUGGUUUUGAUUCUGGAUCUAGGCACAUUCUGCCAUCAUUGCAGACUAGUGAUGGUUCACCUGCAAGAUUUCCUGGUUUGCCUAAUGUUGAUAUGAUAAGAAUGCCUGGAGCAGGUCCCAUUAAUCAUAAUUCCUUGGAUGAGGCUGUUUCUAGGUUUACUGGCCCAACUUCACAGGGACAUAUGUUUGGAACUGGGCCAACUAGUAAUAUAAAUAACAUACCUCGCUUUCCCGGUAGUGCUUCUGAAGCCAUGCAAAGAUUUCGUGGUCCUAGUACACAAGGAAAUAUAGACAUUUCUCAUUCACGUUUCAUGGGAUUAAGUCCUCAUAUACCUUGUUUGGAUAGUAUGCCUCAGCCUUCCCAGUUUACUAACAUGGGUUCAGAUAGUGUACCUCCAAUUCCAUCUCAGCCGUUCCCUAACUCUGGACAACCUUUAUCAUCCCGCAGCAGUCCUUGUAUGGGUAAUAGUUUUCUCAUGGAUGGCAAUAUGUCUCAUUCUCACUUGCAAAAUUUGCAAAAAAUGACUCCUCCUUUUGAUAGUCUUUCUGGAAACAAAAUUCCUCCUGAUGUUUUAUCUCCUAUGGGACAGUGCUCUAAUUCUUCUGUGAAUGGCUCUAAUAAUAUGAGCAUGCCCCCAUAUGGUGGGUCCAGUCCAAUAACUCCAUCUUCUCAAGUAGGCUCUUCUCAAAGACUUUCACAUUUUGACCCCAUUGCAUCUAUGGCAGCUAUGAGUGAAUCAACUGCCCCUUUAGUAACUGCUGGAGGAAAUGCUCAAGCACAUCAAAAUAUUGUUGCAUCAAACAUUAAUAUGCCUGGCAUGCAGGGUUCUGUAAAUAGUACGGCUAAUAGCCAACCAAACCUAACAAACUUUACAAAUAUGUCAACAAUGCAAGGUGCUAUACCAAGUACAAUUGCAUGCUCAAUGCCAAACCAAUAUAGUGUACAUAAUCAAAUGGCAUCAAAUAUGCCAUGUGGACCACAAAAUACUUAUGCCAAUUCUACAAUGACAAUGCAACAGUUAGCUGCACCUAACACAACAACAGCCUAUAAUGUUAACACUCAAGGUCCUAAUAUGACUCCUCAUACUAUGCAUCAUAGCUGUCAAGGCAAUGGUGCAAAUACUAUAAGUUGCUCUGUGACUACUAACCACCCCAUAAUGCACACAGCAGCUACUACUCGAACUUCAAACUCUAAUAUGUCAAUUCCUGGACCAAGGCAUGGAGCACCAAGUUUUUCUUCACAAAUUAUGACUCAAAGACCUGUUACUCCUACUGGUGCUGGUAGUCCUACAAUGAUAAGAGGUGCUCCAUUCAAUAGUGCAAAUAUUCAAGUGAAAGCUAAUGCUCCUAAUACAAUACAAUACUUACCAGCUCGCCAACAAAAUGCCUCCUCUAUGCCUAACCGAGCACCAACAUUAGAAUUUCUGCAGCGAUAUGCAACUCCAUUAACUAAUCUUGAUAAUAAAGUUCCAACGCACAAUCUUCAAUACUUUCCUAGUAAUGGAAGCUCUAAUCAACCUAUGAUGCAUGGUGGUGUAGGUAUGAAUUCAGGAAAUGUUGUGACUGGUAUGACAAACAAUCAAAGGCCUGUAAACAUGAUGAUGGGACCUUUAAUGAGAGGACCUAGUCCUAAUCCUUCUCAUCCAUCUGGUCAGAUUUUUCCUGUCGGUGGUGUUCUUCCAGGUGCUGAUUCACCUAUGUUUGGUCGUCCUCCUUGCCCGUCCGUAAACAAUUCAAUGAUGCCAAUGAAUGCUAUGAGUGGUGGUCAAGGGCCUGCUAUGUUUCCCAAUAAACAAAUACCAUUGCCCAUGGGAGGUAUGGCCCCUGAUGCAACACAACCAUUACCUCCUUCCAUGGGUCAAUCAUUCAAUUAUAAACAAUCACCAUUUUAUGGUCCAACAACAGCUGAUCCAAAUUAUGCUGUUCAGUUUCAUAACUUCCAACAACAAUUGUAUGCUACAAAUACAAGAGGCAGUCAAAUGAAUUCACAAAAUAGCAUUAGUGGACAAGGUUUUUUUGGGCCUAAAUAAAUAAUUCACUGUUGGUGCCGUUUCCUCUCAUAUGAUCAGAGUUGUUUGUGUAAUGGACAGCCUCUAUUUUAUGUUCCUACCAUUCGGACUAAUAUCUCUCUUUGUUAUGAACAUAAUAGUCACUCAUCUGUAAGCAUGUAAAUAGUAUCACAAAUACAUUAUAUAGGAGAAGCGUUGUACAGUUUGUUUAUUGUUUGUGUAUAAAUAUCUACUUUGCCAAGUAUGUGUAUAUGCUCACAAGUUCUAUUGUUACUUUUCAAAUUUGUUUCUAUUGACUUAGUGUGCAGUAUUAAUAUGCUCAAUGUACUUGAUUAGAGUUAAUUACUCUACAGGUCAAAAGUUAACAUAGUGCACACAAAGUUUCAAUAGAAACAAUGGAAGUUGCAAUUAAUUGCAGCUGCUCUCUACACUUCUCAGUUGCAUAUUAUUCUGGAAUCCAAAGUUAUUGGUGCCAUCAAUAAUAAGUUUCUGGUUGAGAGGACUAACUGUAUUGUUUUAUUUCAGACAAUCCAAGACCAAGAUACUUACUUCAUUUUGUGCCAUUGUGACUCUGAGUCGCACUUUAAACAUUUUUAUUAUGUAAAUAUACCUUUGUUAAUUUUGUUCUGUGAUGACAUUGUGUUUUGUACAUUAUUUCCUUGUUACAUUUUUACUUGGGCGUUGGACUGUUGUUAGACCAGUCAGUAGUCCUUAAUAAUAUUUUUAUUUUUUUACUACCUCAUGGCAAGACAGCUUCACAUCUAGUGAUAUUUUUAGUUCAACCCUAUUUAUUUAUAUAAUAUUGGUUGCUACUUAAAAAGUUCAUUUAAUUUAUUUAAAUAUAAAUAUGAAUUCAACUUUAAAUUAUUAAUCUAGUUUACUUAACAAUAGGCGACUUAAUUUUAUUCUUUCCAUGCUCUCAGUUUUAAUCUUAAAUACCAAAGAUUAUUGUUGGUGUUGCAUUAUUUUAUAUGUAGUAUAUAUUUUAUAUGUAGUUUUAAAAGCAUUUAUUCAUAUUUAAGAAUUGUUUCUCAAUCAUUCACAUCCUACUUUUGUAUACUGUAUAACGAGGUCAUCACUAAUAAAUUUAUUAUAGUUUAAAACUUAAGUUAUAAAUUGAAUUUCUAAAAUAGAAAGUUACUCUAAAUCUUAUUUUGUAAAAACAUGACAGUCUUGUAAUGCAUACUACAAUGCAAGUUCAUGUAAAAGUUUUAAUUUUAUAAAUUAUUGUAAUUCAUUUAGCUCUGUUGAGAAAGAUACUUAAGGUAUUACUUUUGAAACUGAAAUGAAUAAUUCUAUUUUAAUUGUCUUCUUCAAAAUAUUUUGAGUAAUUAUUCUCACUUGACUUUGCAUGCGUAUCUAACUCUAAUGUAACAAUUGUAAUAACUUUAACAAAUUAUUUAACUGUUUAAUUUUAAUUCACAAGAUAUUAAAACAAAAGUUUCUUUCCCUAUUUCUUAACUAUAUAGGUUAAUUCUGUAGCUAAAAUUAACUCAAAGCAAAUUUUAUUCCUCAAAAUUAAAUUUUAUCGUUCAGUUUAUUUACUUAAAAGAUAAUACAACUAAGUGUAUUUGUGUUGUUCCUUACCCAAUAAAAUUGACCUUUGGUCAUUAAAAUCAAAUUUGUUUUUCUGAAAGAAGUGUCUCCUUUACAUUUAAGGAUAAAAAUUUGUUCUACAUUUCAAGGCAGUUAAUAUAUUUUGGCAUAUUUUUUCAUUAUCAUUUUAAUUUAGAGUAAAUUUUCAACUUAAUUCUUUUUUUUUUUUCACACUUGUAACUUUAAUAUGCUAUACAAAUUUAAAUUUAAUAUGCCAUAAAACAGAUGACUCAUUAUUCAUGAAGCACAACUAACUGCAACUUUUAAUUUCUAUGCUACAGUCAUUAAUACAAUAUUUUAAACUAAUGGGCAAUUCUAUGGUUAAGUCAACCAGAUGACCAAAAUUUUAAACUCUAAGCAACAACUUAUUUUUCAGCCAACAAGAUAUAAUUUUAAAGAUAAAAUCCUGAAGAUUUGAUAAUAACGUUAAACUUAUUAAUACCAGUUUUCAAUAAGCUAUAGGCUGUUAAAUGAAAGGCUAUGUUAUUUGAAAUUUUUAAUAACAGUAAGUGAAUCUUUUAACAAGUACAUUUUUUUUCUUUGAAAAAUUCACUCUAAUAAUAGGAUAUGGAAUAAAUAAUAAUUAAACUGUAUUAAAGGUUAUCUAGCACAAAUGUGUAGAAGCAUUUAACAUUUUGAUUUAAUAAAAAAAUUCCCAAGAAGCACUUUUGAGAUUUUACAUCUGACACCAAAAUACAUAAUUGUUCUAUUCAACUGAGAUUUAACGUAAUAAAAGUAUUUUUUUCUGUUUAAAGCAAGAUUAUAUGUCUUGUUUGUAUAAUCUAUUUUGAAAAUAAUUAAUAUUUUUAUUGUAAAUAAAUAAUUAUUUUUACAUCUGACAACAUUGCUUCUCUUUUCAUUACAUUUGUUUUCACCUAUUUAAAUCUUAUAUUUUGCUUUGUCAUAAAAUGAAGCGAAAUAUGAAUAAAACCAUCUAAAUAUUUUUUAAAAUUAAUUUAGAAUAUUGUAUUUUCCCUCAGAAACCUAUAUUCUCUCUUGCCCUCUGUUAGCUAUGCCACUAAAUGCAAGUAAUAGGUCUUUAGCUUAAUAUCCCUUGCUUUGAUAGAUCAAAUACAAUUGAUUAUAAUAACUGUAUGAAAUGAUUAUUUAAUACUAUGCAAGUGAUAGAUAAAGCAAUAAAAUUGUUAUUU